UGCGCGCUCCCGGUGAGUUUUAUAGCAACUGUUGCCCAGUGAGGCAGCGCCAUAGUCACCGUAGUCCUGGCGACUGUAACCCACCAACAACAACCUCUCGCUCCAUCAUUACCACCUCCUCCACCAUCCUCAUCUUCAUCAACCAGUCCACAGCUCAGGCGCCAUGCAGACCCCUGAAGCAGGCGCUGACUCCACCUCCACUGUCCCUCUUCAGACCACCGUGCCUGUCCAGCCUACCGGCUCCACCCAGCAGGUGCCUGUCCAGCAACAGGCCCAGACUGUUCAACAGGUUCAGCAUGUUUACCCAGCACAGGUGCAGUAUGUGGAGGAAAACAGUGGCGUCUACACCAAUGGCAACAUAAGAACAUACUCGUACUCAGAGCCGCAGCUGUAUAGCCAGAACAGUGGAGGGAGCUACUUUGACACACAGGGCAGCUCAUCACAAGUGUCCACUGUGGUGACAUCUCAUGGCAUGACCAACAAUGGAGGAGGGGGCAGUGGAGGAAUGAGCAUGAAUCUGGCAGGGGGUCAGGUAAUCAGCACCAGUCCUGGGGCUUACAUCAUGGACAACACUGGACCCCACCCUGCCACCCAGACGGCACGAGCUUCCCCAGCUACUAUUGAAAUGGCGAUUGAGACGCUCCAAAAAUCUGAGGGUUUAUCCAGUCAGAGAAGCUCGCUGCUCAACAGCCAUCUCCAGUGGCUGUUGGACAAUUACGAGACAGCAGAGGGCGUAAGUCUACCACGAUCCACCCUCUACAAUCAUUAUCUGCGCCACUGCCAGGAGCAGAAACUGGACCCUGUAAAUGCAGCCUCUUUUGGCAAACUCAUCCGCUCCAUCUUCAUGGGACUUCGUACAAGGCGUCUUGGAACAAGAGGGAACUCCAAAUAUCAUUACUAUGGCAUACGUGUGAAACCAGACUCCCCACUAAAUAGACUCCAAGAAGACAUGCAGUACAUGGCCCUCAGACAGCAACCUGUUCAGCAAAAACAGAGGUUCAAGCCAGUGCAGAAGUUUGAUGGCUGCUCUGGGGAGAAUUACUCAGGUGGAGGCCAGCACCAUCCUGGUGCAGAAGAGCAGACAGUCAUUGCACAGAGUCAACACCACCAGCAGUUCCUAGAUGCAUCACGGGCCCUCCCUGACUUUGUAGAGCUGGACCUGGGACAGAGCAAUACGGAGAACAUCAGCCCGGAGGAUGUGAAAGCUCUCCAGGCCCUUUACAGAGAGCACUGUGAGGCUAUCCUGGAUGUGGUUGUCAACCUCCAGUUCAGUCUAAUUGAGAAGUUGUGGCAGACAUUCUGGCGUUAUUCUCCCCCUGACUCUGUAGAGGGUACCACUGUAACAGAAAACAGCAGUUUAAGUGAGAUUGAAGCACGGCUGCCCCGUUCACAGCUAUUGGAACUGUGUAGAAACGAGGCUGUACUCAAAUGGAUGAGCACAUGUGACCAUCUUAUGUACCAGGCCCUUGUGGAGAUCCUCAUUCCUGAUGUCCUGAGACCCAUUCCCAGUGCCUUGACUCAAGCCAUUCGCAACUUUGCCAAAAGCCUGGAAGGUUGGCUCAGUAAUGCCAUGAAUGCCAUUCCACAGAGAAUGAUCCAGACUAAGAUUGCCGCUGUUAGUGCCUUUGCGCAAACACUGCGCAGAUACACAUCUCUGAACCACCUGGCUCAGGCGGCACGUGCUGUUUUGCAAAACACGUCACAGAUUAACCAGAUGUUGAGUGAUCUCAAUCGUGUUGACUUUGCCAACGUACAGGAGCAGGCAUCAUGGGUGUGCCAGUGUGACGAGGGAGUAGUUCAGCACUUGGAGCAGGACUUCAAGGCCACACUACAGCAGCAAAGCUCUCUGGAGCAAUGGGCAGCCUGGCUGGAAAAUGUGGUCACUCAGGUGCUCAAGCCUUACGAGCACCGGCCCAGCUUCCCCAGGGCAGCUCGACAAUUCCUGCUCAAGUGGUCCUUUUACAGUUCUAUGGUGAUCAGGGACCUGACCCUGCGCAGUGCUGCCAGCUUUGGUUCCUUCCACUUGAUUCGCCUGUUGUACGAUGAAUACAUGUUUUACCUAGUGGAGCAUCGUGUGGCACAAGCUACUGGAGAGACACCCAUUGGUGUCAUGGGGGAGUUUGACAGCCUCAACACCCUGUCCCUCUCUAAUAUUGAUAAAGAUGAAACGAGUGGGAUGGACAGUGAUUUAGAAGAUGACAUGGAGGAGUCCGGGGAACCUCUUGCCAAGCGAGAGAAGUCGGAGCAUGAAGUGAUCCAGGUGAUCCAGGUCGGGGCACUAGAGGAUGGGUCCCACCCUGUGGUGGGGGUCGUCCAGCCAGGUGUCCUCCACUCACUGCCCCAGCCCCCGCAGGACCACACUGAGCACAUCCUAACCCCCUCUGCCAGUACUCCCACCAUCCGCCACUGCAGUGCCACAGGCAACACAUAUGCCUCCGUUUGAGGGUCUGAGGGCACAGCGGACCUUGUCUGGCCUGUUUUCACUCUCCACAUAUCUUUCUCUGUGUAAGUCUAGAUGUUUCUGUCUUUUUCAUGCAUUGUCUGUGUCUGCACUUGUGCAGACACGCUCUCCGCUCCCCAUCUAGCCCGGUCAGUGGAGGAGUGCUGAAAUGAUGAUACUCUGGCCAAGAUGUGCUGUCCGUGUCUGACUGCUUAGAUUCUGGAUGUGGUGUCAUCACAUAAGUCUGUGCUCUAUCGCAAUGGGGCAUCUGGAGGAGGACUAACUUGACCCGUUAAAUGUUUCCUGCUUAGGCAUGACUUAACGCCUCUGUCUGUCCACACAGACCGGUUUUGUCUUGAAGGAAAAUUCAACUCUUUCAAACUACUGAUGUCUCAGAGCUCAAAUCCAUGUCACUAGUCCCAGUGGAGCAAAGUCAUCGAUUGACUCAAGACCUUCACCUAUUGUAAAUAGUUUUGCUGUAUUUUCAAUUGGUAUUACCUAAAACUCACGGUGCUAUCGUUUUGUUUUGAUUUCCAUUUAUCCCUCCUACUUUUAGCAUGAUUUAUGUCCACAUGCAUUCCAACUGCUGAUAAACGUUUGGCUGAACAAAAUAUUUUGAGUAUUGUAUGUAGCUAAAAAACAAGGGGAGGACUUUCUAUGUAUCUAUGGCAUUUGAAACAGCAUCAUGGGGCAGUUUUUUCUGUUCUGUUUAAAAAAUAUAUAUGGUAGCCACCCACUGAUAAUUUUAGCCACAGAAAAAAAGAAACCCUUAAAGAAAUAUCUGUGCUGCUACUUGUGUAUAUAAAAAUGAGAUUAAGAAGACCGGCUGUACAAAACCACUUCCUCAAUGCUAGCUUUUCUAUGCACUCUGUGCAUAAUGCUUGCCUUUCUUCAUUUUAGAUGCUCUGUAGUGUGGUUUACUUGACCAGCCAGCUGUAAUCUUGAAAACAACUUACUGGAUAUGUUCCCCUUUUCUUUGCAGUUUAUGUCUUAAUGAAAUUUUCCUAAGUUCACAAAGGACCAAAAACAAACCAACAAGAGGAAGCUGAGAGGGAGCCAAUUGGGCCACCUGAAAGCUGUUUCCUGUCCCACAGUGCCAUGUUGCAGAGCAGACGGAAUGUCAGGGAUUUAAUGUACCUCGGCUUUAUCAUAGUGCCUUAUCCUUAAAUGCAGCUGUUCUUGUAGUCCUGACUGUGUGCUGCAGGAAGCCCACACUCGCUCUGCAUUGUCCCAGCCACAACUUUGGCUUUCUGGUGACUUGUGGCUGGAUUUGGAUUGGCUCAUCAGUGUCGAGACCAAGGAAUGCAGGCACAGACACAACUGUUGUUUUUUUCUCUGGAUCAGCUCUACUAAGCUUAUUACUUAUCUGAAUCAUGGUCUUUAGCCUUGCUCCUGCCCUCACUCUGCCCUCUUGAGGCCUAUUCUUGCAUUAGCCUUUGUUAUCGGGUGAAGUGUGUGUGUGUGCGUGUGCGUGUGUGUGUGUGAACACGGAUGCAUAGGUCUGCACUGUGUUUUUAUGUGCAUGUGUAUAUAAGCUUGUGUGUCUGCGUGCUUGUGUAAAUGUGUUGGAACACAUCCAUCAGUCACCCUACCUCAAACCAGUGGUGCCAGCCCUUUGACGCGUGCAGCACAGUCACCAAACCUUAUUGCACACACACCACUGUACUGCACAACUCUCAACGCGAUAGAGAAAAACUGCUUUGCUUUUCUCUCACCUCUGAUACAUUUUCAUUUCAGUUUUUAGCCCAUAAAAAUGCUUUCAUCCUUUGUUCCCUGUUUAAAGAUCAUCUUUGUACAGUGGAUCAAAAGUAGAUAUUUUGUGAUAUUCAAAGAAAUAUAUAGAUAUAUAUAUAUAUAUAUAUAUGUAUAGUAUAUAUAAUGAUGAUACACUACAUAUAUCUGUUGCUUUAUACGUGAUUGUUUUCUUUUCGUAGCUCCUCUGUAAUUAGUUCAUUGACUGUGAAAUGGGAAAGGCAUGGGGACUAACUUCUGAUUCAUUAGACUACAUCUUAAUACUUGAACUGUUAUAGCAUUUUAUGUUGUGGAGAUUAUUGAGAUUAAUCCUCUAAAUAGGAACAUUUUGUUACUAAAAAUGAUUUUUGUUAUUGUUUUUUCAUGCUUGUUGAAAUGGUCUGCACGAUUUCUCUGCAGAGAUGUUUAUUUAUUGAUAUUUAUUGUGUUUUGGUUUAGAUGCUUAUGCAUUACAACCUAUUAUAAUGGGUACUGAUAAUGAAUCAUGAAUUACACCACUGGAAACGGCAGACCUACUGUACAGGAGGACCAGAGGGUUUUUGUUGUUGUUUUUCUUUAUAAGUCAUGUAGGUUGAUUAAGGUUUAAAAAAAAAAAAAAUUAAAAAAAAAAAUAAGGUUGGCACUGUAUUUGCUGUAAUCACUUUCCUUAGGCUCUAUCACCAGUGUCUCCAAUGAUUCCUUCAAAUACUAGAAGUACACAUGGGAUCUUUGCCAAAUGUUUUCUUUGUGCCUGUGUAGAAAAUGUGCUUAGCAGUAGAAGUGGGUGGGAGAGCAAAUACUGCGUGUCGUUUAGGUUAUUGGGUCAGUGGACUCUCACAGAUGGUUUGUUGAAUCAUUUUCAUGACACUUUGGGGAAUCUGCACAGUAAAUUCCGGCAAGCCCAAAGAUACAUUCCUCAUCUAUUAAACCUAGGGUACACAUCUCAUCUCAUACUGUAGCUUUACUCUGAGUCUGCUGGCUUGAAAUGUCUGGCUUACCAGAUCUAGGAGUUGAGCGCACACAAACCUGGCUUUCCUAUUAUAUUACUUAACAACAGUUUGAAAAGUCUCCAGGAAAAGGUCAAUAAACUAUAAGUAGCUGAAAGUUGUAAGACCUGAGGCAUUUUGUUUACAUCAGCCUGUGACCAUGAUGAACUCGCUCCCUGACUUUUGGUAUUAAACUGUCAAAUGCAAGUUGGAAGAAGCGCUGCACAUAAAUCUGUGUUCUCAUAAUAACUGCGACAAAAUGAACUCCAUUCCCAAGAGCUCACUUGACUGACUCCAACAUGCACUGAAUUUUUGUAAAUGACGUUAUAAAAAAGGGAUGGGGUUCUGUCUGUGACUUCAAAUUUUUAAUUAUGUUGUAAAUCUGGAUAUGUGUGCCGGUUAGGAAUGAAGGUUUUGCAGGAUACUUUUUCUAUCCUUUUACCUUUCUCCCACUGAAUGAUUUUUUUUUUUCACAUAUGAAUUUAAGCUCCCUUAUAAAUUAAGUACAAGAUUGUAGAUGUAAACUUGUUUUAUUUUGUGCCUGAAAUGACUUGGCUUAAAAUGUUUUCUUUAAAUCUUAAUUGUGUGCUUUCUGGUCUUGCACGCCUAUCAUGUGCUGUUUUUAUUUUGUGUUUUUCGUCAAUUCUGUUAUUUCCCCUUUUUGUUAUACAUAGACUAAUGUGCCAGUGAUUCAGCUUUCUGCAUCUCAAAGCCUGCCUGGUUAACACUGGACCAACGCUAAUGCUGCCAACACAAUUGUACUUUAUUUCUCAGUGUCUUUGAAAUCGAGAAGUUAGAUUGUUUUUGUAACAGCUGCUUGCAAAGGAGCCCGUUUCCAACCAGAAAAAAAAGACAUAAGCUAUUCCUUAACUUGUCAUAGGAGCAAAAGCUAAGAGAUGCCUCUUCACCUGGACAAAACGGCAGCUUCACUGACCCAUAGCAGACUCCAGUGCCUUUAAUUUCACCCCGGCCAGAGCAGAUGGCCUGGGUGACUAUUGGGUCUCUGGUGGGCUACAGAUAGGCUAUCAGAGCAGAUAUUUCAUUGCACAGGUGCUGCCACUGAGAAGACACCAGGGAAGCAUAAAGACCUGUCCUCAGACUGGACUAUUUAUUGACUGGAUGUGACGCCACAAACACACACACACACACACACACACACUUAGUUUACACAUGGUACAUUACCUGCAGACGGCUUUUUAAUUGUACAGAACUGGUUAUUGAACAUGGAGUUACUGUAAGUAAAAUGCUCUUAUGCAUUGUUUUCUCAAUGAUCGUGGUUUCUUUUGUCAAAUGAUAUUUUCUGAAUGCUGUGACCUGUUUGAGAUUUGUAUUUGGAUGUUUUCAAGUGCCAUUUGACAGUCUAGUGAGUCGUGGCCAUCUGUAGCACGCUCUAAUGCAAGCACAAGCAUUUGGCAGUGGCAUUUGAGGAAGGUUUUUUUUUAUUUUGAUUCACCCUAGACAAAAUAUGUAUAUAUCAAAAACUGAAAAAAGGUAUAUUUAUUUGUGUCUUAUUUGAUUUGGUGAACAUUUUAUCAGAUAUGUUGGCUAAAGUGCUUUUGUGAUUUCUUUUUCCUCUUUUUGGGAUAAUGUAUAGUAUCUGAUAUAAUAUAUACACACAAAUUUCAUGUGACUCUUUGUGUGCCAUUCAGUUUUCUUUUCAAAUUGGCAAGCGAACCAAUGCGUGUAGGGUGAUUUGUAUUGUGUAUUUUACAUAAAAAACGAGGACAAUUGGGGGACUAUUAUAUUUAUAAAGACAUUAUCAUUUAGUGUGUCGUAUUGAUGACUAUAGAAACUAUUAAAGACACAUGUAGUUUGGUUUUCUGAAUAUUUCAGAUCUCAGCUCAGGCUAGCUUCUUAGUGUUGUUUUCUUAAAAUUUGUGACUCGUCUUUGCAGUAAUAAACGUUUUCUUGUUCAAA